AACAAGCAGAUUUAUUGGUUCACCAGGCCUUACAGAGUUUCAGGGGACAUCAUGUUGAUGCUAACACCCCCCAGAACAAGCAGCAGCCUCCUGUCUGGGAAAUGGCCCAGUAUCAUCUCCCGUUAUGUUUCUACAUGCAACAUUUUUUCUGGUUUGUUUUGAGGUGAAUGAGCUUCUAAGUUUUUGGAUGAAUACCAGUGUGUCUCGUGAAUCUUUGUGUGUCAGCAGGUUUUAAAAAGUUUCCUUUAUGUGAGAUCAUUUCUGUAAUGAAGUCCUUUAGCAGCUAUCCUGCAGCUCCUCCCUCCAGCUAAGAAGCCAGCUGACCUGUCGCAUGUCCAUCUCGAGUUUGCGUCUCACAAACUGACUUAUGAACACUCGGACAGCUUCAUCACUCCCUACAGCCAGUCUGCAGACUUGGUCCCACAUGGAGAUGUAGCUGGACAUUACUCCUGGCUUUGUUUUCGGACACUGCGGAUGAACUCGUCUCCAUCAUGACUUUUGCCAUGCUGCGGCCCGUGGCGACGCACUUGAUCUACUCGGACUUUACCGUCACUUCGGAGGACGAGGAGAACCGCAGCGAGAGCGACGGCAGCUCCGAGCAGAGCUACUGCGGCUCCAGCGAGAAGCGGAGGCGGAUUUCCCGCAAGCUGGAGGGAGACUCCGCGGUGGUGAUGAAGCAGAGGAGCGCGGCCAACGCCAGGGAGAGAGGCCGGACCCAGAGCGUCAACACCGCCUUCACGGCUCUCCGGACUCUCAUACCCACCGAGCCGGUGGACAGGAAGCUGUCCAAGAUCGAGACCCUGCGGCUUGCGUCCAGCUACAUCUCGCACCUUGCCAACGUGCUUCUGAUUGGAGACGGGGGCGCAGACGGACAGCCGUGCCUCGGCGCGGUUCACGCGCCAGGGGAGAGCGGCGGGAAGCAGCCGCGGACCAUCUGCACAUUCUGUCUGAGCAACCAGAGAAAAGGGAUUAAAGAUGGAAAAGACUGUUUGAAAAUGCGAGGGCUUGGUCCGCUGCGGAUGAGGCGCUGACUGGAGACCAGGGAAUGAUCAAGCAACCUGAAGACCCUCAAAGACUUUCUCAGGGAAGAGUCCGAGCUGGUUUUACGCAGCGCGCGCGCUCCUGGACUUGUACACAUGCUGGAUUAAAUGGUGGAACCAAACAGGACUAUUUAUACUUGAGACUUCCGAAGAUGCAGUGCAUUUAUCUGAAACUUGGUAGUCGUGUACUUUUUUAAUAUUUGGAAGAAGUUUUAAAUAAAAUUUAUUUUAUCAGAAUAAAAA